CACCCAUGGAGAUAAAAAACACAGGAUCAUCUCUUCCGUCACAAGCGUUGAAUGGAGAGACUUCAACCUGGAUACCGGCAGAAAUAACAGCGGAAACUUUGGAGAAGUAUCUUAACAUCGAGAAAGAGAUACAGUCGUAUGAGAAAAGACACGUUUUGGAAAACUACCAGGUCAAGACCGAACAGUUAGAACAGCUGGAGAAGAAAGUCGAGGAACUAGAAGAAACUCAAAAGCAGCUGGAAGAACAGGCCAUGAAACUGCAAGCUGUUGUUGAUGCUGAUGGGGCUAGUGACCAAAAUGUAAAAGAAUUUCUGAUAGAAAAAACAGAAAAUGGCCAAGAACUGACAAAGGAACAAGAAGAUUUUGUGGAUGCUUUAAAUCGCCAGGAGAUUAUUAAACGAGAAUUAGAAAGCACAAAUCAGCAACGAGAUUCUUUGAAAGAGGAAGUAGCCAUCUUAACAGAAGAUGGAGAGAAAGUGCAAAAGUUUUACGAAGAGAGAGACGAACUUUUAGACAGCAUAUUUGGAGGGGAUUACGGUAGUGACCUAGAAAAUCGGCUUGAGAAAGAAGUGGACCUUCUCAAGGAACAAAAAAAUCACAUGAACCAGGCUCACUUCAAAUGGCGACAAGGACACAUGAUGAUCAAGCAAGCUGCCAUCCAGCUAGGAUUAGGUGUUCAGAAAUGGAAGGAAAUACCGGAAAUACCUACAGAUGAGCUUGAAAAGCGAUAUUAUUGUGCCGCUGAAGCCAGGAACAAUCUGGUCGCCGCCAGCCAGAAUCUGCAAGGAGCUCACCGGUACCUUCCUAACGUCAUUUUUCCGUAUUGUGCUCACGAAGAAGUGGAAACACUCAAUAAGGCUAUUACGUAUAUUUUUACGGAUAUGCAAACUACGGAACGACAUGAGCAUGCAAUGUCAUGUUAUCACGUCAUCUAUCGGCGAUCAGGUGCUCUACGUCAAUGGUUUGAACAGGUAUUAAACACGACCAUCGCCCAAGAUUUGUCUCGAUUAACAGAAGAAUGCAAGUUAAAGUCUCUUGAGCUACGCCGAGAGCGUAUUCGACUCAUCGGGGAGAGAAUCAAAGCGAUGACGGGCAAAGACAUUGACUUUGUACUUGAUAUAGAGAAUGAAGGAGACGAUGCUGCCACAGAUGGACAAGUAACACAGCUGUUUGAGGCAGAAAAGGUUGAAGGAGAGGGUAGUACUCUUGCACCGGGACUACAGAUGCCUCCAGCACCAACACCAGUGCCAUUAACAGAUCUUGCUCCUCCUCCUUCUAAUGAAGAAAUAUUCGGCAAGAUUGAUGAGUUGAAAAAACGUCAUGAAACGCAAGUUCAAGACUUUCAAAAGAGUCAAGCCAUGAACCAUGCCCGAAUGGAAGUGGGUUUAAAGGAGAAAUUAAAUGCUCGUCGAAACCGCAGAAACAGGCUCCAGAUGCACUCUGAAGAACUGCAGGCCUUAGAGACGGCAGCGUAGGAGUAGUGCACUUCUGCGGUUCACUCGUUUAUUUCCAGUGACCAAGAAUAUGAAAAUAACUUUGAUGCUGAUUUUCCACGUGAUUUUUCCAUAUUAUAAACACACCAUCAAUUCACAGUCACAGUGUGUUUUCCACGUGUUUACAGUUUAUCGCAUGUUAUAACGUAGUACCUUUUAUUAGUUGCUGUUAUUGCUGACAAUUGCUUCUAGUUUUUGUCACCAAAUGCAGCCUACAUGUUACAAUAUUGAAUUUAACCCUUUUAACAUUAAUUAACAUGAAAACUUAAUACACGUGACAGAUUGCAGUGCAAAUCAUAUUCCAUACCAUUUUUCUUCACAAUCACCUGGUGUUUAAUUAGUUCGUCAAUCUUUUUAACAAACAUAACUGAUUGUUGUGUGUUUUGGUGUUCCUUUUACGAAGAGUUAACUUUUAUAAAAUAACUGAUAUUGAAGUUCAUACAGAGUUGUAGAGAGUAUGAAAAGCAAAAGCUGGUUUACAUUUGUAUCUAUACUACUACAUACCAAUGGCGUGGAAAUGUAAUGUGUAGUGCUACAAGGUUACAAAUGGGUCAUUAUGUUUCCUUAUUUACGA